CAGAGCAUGACCCAGGCGUGUCCGCGGUCCCUAGAUGUGGCCCUCAGGCUGGCCGGAGGCAGCCACCGGUGCGAGGGCCGCGUGGAGCUGCACUACAACGGCACCUGGGGGACCGUGUGUGACGACAGCUGGGACCCGCGUGACGCGCAGGUGGUGUGCAGGCAGCUGGCCUGCGGCAGGGCGGUGUCGGCCCCCGGCAGGGCGCAUUUCCACCAAGGCGUGGGCCUCAUUGCUCUGGACGACGUGGAGUGCGUGGGGACGGAAGCCAGGCUGUGGCAGUGCCUGCACAGCGGCUGGUUCUCCCACAACUGCGGCCACCACGAGGAUGCCGGCGUCAUCUGCUCAGGUGGGCCUGAUGCUGACACAAGCGGCCUCCCACCUUUGGUUCCUGCAGAUCUGCCGGUGGUGAGGCUGGCGGCGGGGAGCAGCAGGUGCGAGGGCCGCGUGGAGAUCCUCUACAACGGCACCUGGGGGACCGUGUGCGACGACCUCUGGGACCUGCCGGCCGCACGGGUGGUGUGCCGGCAGCUGGGCUGCGGAAUGGCACUGGCGGCCCCGAGGAGCAGUCUGUUUGGCGAUGGCUCGGGCCCCAUCUUCCUGGACGAUGUGCGCUGCACGGGCGAUGAGACCAGCCUGGGGCAGUGCAUCCACCGUGGCCUGUCGGUCCAUAACUGUGGUCACCACGAGGAUGCCGGAGCCGUCUGCUCAGGUACGAUUUCCCGAACCGGCACACGGGGACAGAUGCGGGUUCACGUGCCCAUCGGCUGGUGUGUCCACAAGCGUUUCUGCAAGUGCGCACCUGCUGACACGGAUGCCUUGCGCUUUCUCUUUCAGCUGCUGAAGCUGCCCCAGAAUCAGCGGAAACAGCUCCUGCAUAACAACCCCGAGUCUUCCCCAGACCUGCCCAUCAUCAGGCUGGCGGACGGGAGCAACCGCUGUGAAGGUCGCAUCGAGGUGUACCACAACGGCACGUGGGGGACCGUGUGUGAUGACCUCUGGAGCAUCGGCGCAGCCCGCGUUGUGUGCCGGCAGCUGGACUGCGGGGAGGGCGUCGGAGCCCUGGGGAACGGCCACUUUGGGGAAGGUGUGGGGAGCAUCCUCCUGGACGACGUGCAGUGCCGGGGCAAUGAGACCACACUAGGCCAGUGCCGGCACCUGGGUUUGUCCAUCCACAACUGUGGCCACCAUGAGGACGCCGGGGUCAUUUGCUCAGUUUCAGCAUCAGCCACAGAAAUGACCACUUCACCUGUUCCUACCACCGUUUCAGCCACCGAUUCGGCCCUUGUAACUGGCGCAAUUCCUACUUCAGCAGAAGCGACGUCUUCACCUGGAUCUUUUAGUAUUACUGUAACCACCUUAACAGCUUCAGUCGCAACCACCGUGACCUCCACACCAGAUACCUCUCCAACCUCAGUGGAAGUGACCUCUCCACCCGAUAUAUCUUCAGCCUCCACAGAAGUGGACCCGCCCCCUGACACGAGUCCCACUCGGGAAGAGGAGACCUCUUCACCAGCCAUACAUCUGAUUUCAACAAAAGCGACAUCAUCACCUGUUACAAUUUCAACUGGUGAAGACAUGAUCCCCUUGCCUGACCCUCCCCUGCGCCUGGCGGGCGGGCGCAGCCGCUGCGAGGGGCGGGUCGAGGUCCGCCACCAGGGCGUGUGGGGCACGGUGUGCGACGACCACUGGGACAUCAGGGACGCCCGCGUCGUAUGUCGCCUGCUGCGCUGCGGCCCCGCGCUCGCCGCCCCGGGGCGCGGCCGCUUCGGCCCGGGCUCGGGGCCCAUCCUGCUGGACGACGUGCGCUGCGCGGGCACCGAGGACGCACUGGACCGCUGCGGCCACUCGGGCUGGACGCGCCACAACUGUCGCCACCGGGAGGACGCGGGCGUGGUCUGCACAGUUCCAGCCAUGCCUCCUGCUGUCGGCGGACCCACUGGCAAGGGUAAUUCGUUUUCCAUUCUUGGAUCAUACACCAGGGUUGAUUGGGUACAGCUACCGAAGGAUCAAAGGUCUGGGGCCAAAAGUAUCAGAAGGGGUUGAAUGAAUCUGGCCAGCCGUGCUUCCUGGCCAGGACCCUAGCCACAGGUGACUGUCCCACCUUGCUUCUGUGCUGGGGAGGCCUUCGAUGGCUAUGAACUGCCUACUUCCCUGCCUGAGAUUCCGAGCAUGUCCUGUGCAUGGGAAGGGACACCAGCCCGAAUUCACUCAUGUGAUGGUGUUUAUAAUCUGCAAAGCCCUGUAUUUACUAUUCUCUUGGUGUUGAUGACACCCGUACUCUCAACGCUUCUUCACGCACACCGGGAUCCCUCCCUCCUGCUCCAUCGGGAGGUUCUGGGCCCUCUUUCCCUUCCCAUUGCUUGGAGUACUCUCAAGCCAUGGUGCUCCAGCUUCCGUAGCUCAACAGAAUGAGCCCAUUUCCCGGCACUGCAUGUUCUACUGCUGCCUAUACCCUCCUCCUCCAUAUUGCACGGCUGACGUUUGCUUCUCACCAGGCCUGGCUGCCUCUGCUGUACCCAAAGACAAUGGUAAGCCCUCCCCUCUAAGCUGCGGGAAGGCGGAACUAAGACAGCAGUUGUCCCCAGGAGAGAGAACGGGUUUUGAGGGGGCACCAGCUUCUGUCUCCACCGAGAUCUCUCACAUCUCUAUCUACUCGCCGGGCUUCAGGAGGCUGGGGAAGAAGCCUCUUAACACCUAUGCUCCCUCCCUCUUUGCUCCCACGCCCUUGCCUCAGAUAGAUGUACGUUCAGCCUCGGGUGUCCUCAACACGGGAAAUGGGCCGUUCUCUAAAUCUAUAGACGAGGCUCUGACUCUCGGCACGUGGGACAUGUGCUGUGUGUAUAAGACUCCCAUGAUAUGGUGUGACUUUUUGGAAAAGAGAGGAUAUAAAUAAAAUCAGCGGAAGUCAAGUC